AUUUAAUAAUUUAUAAUUUUUGAUAUUUUGUAGGAUGCAAUACAGAUAUGGAAGUCUUAGAAACACAAUGGAGAAAUCUAACAUGUUUAAGAUACGCCGAUAUUUGUAAUUCAUCAACCCCUAUUGAUGAAAAAAGUACUCAAGAGUUUUGGAUAGAUAUUUUGAAUAUUCGAGAUAAUGGAGAUGAAAAAAAAUUUGAGGACUUGGCUCUAUUUGUAUUGCAAAUACUUUCCUUACCAUUAUCAAAUGCUAUUGUAGAACGAGUAUUUAGUGUUAUGAAUUGUGUUAAAUGCAAAUCAAGAAAUCGAAUGCAAGUCGAUAUGCUGCAAGCAAUUCUCAGAAUCAGGCUUAAUCUUAAUGCCAGUAAAAUAUGCUGUAAAAACUUCAAACCAACAGAAACAAUGUUUCAUAAGUUUACAUCUGAUAUGUACGAUUCACCAAAAAUAAAUACAUCAGAAAGUGUGGAUUCGGCGAUAGCAUUAGAUGAUGUUAUGGACAUUUUUAUAAGUGAAGAUGCCCAGGAAAUUAAUUUAUAUGAUGUUUUUUAUUAAUUAAUGACUUAUUGCAUUUAUUGUAAUACGUGGUGCAUAAUGCUCAAUACAAUUUAUACACAGUAUGA